AUGGCCUCCAUCUACGACAAGCUGGCUCAAGCCAAGUACGAAGAGAAGCUUAAGGCUACCAUCCUCGCCCUUGCGAAAAGCGUCUACGGCCAGAAUGAACCCGCGGACGUAACGUUUGACGUUACGACUGGCUUCGAGUUUGACUCUGACUCUGACGAGAAGACCGACAUGGUCGCCUGGGUCAUCUACUACCCCCAGACAGAUGACGAAAAACUAGACUGGGAGGCUCUCCUACAAUCGAAGCGAUGCUCGAGCAUAGAGGAUACCUACCAGUCGCUCAUUCAAGCCCUACGCGUCAAGAUGGCUGAUUUGAUGGGUUAG